CAAAUAAAAUGGCGUCUCCAGCGAAGAGUUCUCCACGAGAUGCACAAGUUAUGGGUGCAAUUUUAAAAGAAAUGGGUGUUACUGAAUACGAACCUAGAGUCGUGAAUGUUAUGUUGGAGUUUGUUUACCGUUAUGUAACAGACAUAUUGGAGGAUGCAAAAGUGUACUCGAACCAUGCCAACAAGAAAUCUCUGGAUGCAGAGGACAUAAAAUUGGCUGUUCAGUGUCGUAUGGAUCACUCCUUCACAAGUCCACCCCCCAGAGACCUGCUGAUGGAGAUUUCUAAACAUAAGAAUGGACAAGUUUUACCUCUCAUUAAGACGUACACUGGACUGCGACUACCUCCAGAUAGAUAUUGUCUGUCUGCCCCGAAUUACAAAAUGAGCAGCCAUAAAGCAGUCAAAAAGCAUCAGGCAAGAAUACAGAUCGGUCUGCCACAGUUCCAGCAGAGAAUCAAUCUGAACCAGAUGUCAAUGACACCAGGAAAACUUGGCCCUGGGGGUCCACAUCUCACUGUAGUGACCAAACCCGGGAUGACUGUUCCCGCUGUUACCAUAGUUACCAAACCAUCUGGUCAGCAUCAUCCAGUACCAAAGCCAGCCAUACGGAUAUCUACAGGUCCAUCAUUGAACUCGCUGAAUCAGACUCGUACAUUCCAACACACAGUUCCGAUGUCUGGGGGUCAUCCCCCUGCCCCUCAGCCCACUAUACAGUUCCAGCCCCUCCAGAGUACCACCACGUCCCUCAUCAGUGGACAGUCAUCAAACCCGCUCAAGCGUAAAAUGGAAGACGAAGAUUAUGAUAAUCCUUCAUAAGGAAGGGGAAUCCAUGAUAAUGUUACAGCGCAAAGAAUUCUCCAACCACAGAGAAACUUCAUCCGAAGUAUGUUGUGUUGUGUUUUUCUAGCCACAGAUUAUUGGGGAUAUAUACAUUCAUAAAAACUGAAUAGAAUGGGAAGAUCCUGAAGGUUUUAGGCCUGUAAACGGGGAUCUUGUGUUUCCUGGCUGAUAUCAAGACAUUACCAUGACAUUGUAUGUAUGUGGUCGUAAAGAUUAUCAUGUUGUCAUUGUUUUACACAUUCAUGAGCAGGUAAAUGAAACACGAACUUGAUUGUUAGAAGUUGUAUAUAUGUGAUACUUUGUAUGCUGUCAAUUUAACUGAAUGAAAGUUGUAGAGUCUUCUAAUGCUCAAAAGUAUUUAUUAAUUAAAUGUUAUACUUCUACA